AUGCGCCUCGAGGCAGCCGGGCGACGCGCAAGGAAGAAGGUUGAUGAUCGCCUCUUGCGCUUGACCCCCGACCUGGACGAUCGAUUACACAAGAACACGAUCUUACACCCCGACGUCAGCGUCACGUUCCCAGUCCGCGACGAGGAUGAGGAGGCCGAGGUGGAGGAAACUUUGAGCGCGGUUGACGAUGAAUUGGCGGCGACGGAGGAUGCGUUGACGGAAUGGUCGGCCUCGAACCGCUCCCGUACGCCAAGUUCCCAAAGUGGGACGGGGACGGGCACUCCGAGCACGGGGACGCCGAGCAGCCAGAGUCAGAGCCUGAGCAGCGCCUCGCUCGGCCCUAUCGGCGCCGUCUUCCGGGACGUCGGUCUGCGAUUGUCGACGAUCACAGAACGCACAGAGUCUAACUCGCGCCCGACGUCCUACGCCCGCACGGGCUCCCGCCCCAACUCGCAGCACGUCCGCGGCGCAACGGAUCCGGGGCCGUCCAACGUGCCACCGGCGCGCCGCGCUGGCGAUUUGAUCGCAUUUUUCGAGGAAAAGGGACCGAGCCCAUUCGCGCCGUCACCUGCGGGACCGCGCUCGCCCAGCCCUUACGCCUUCCGCUCGCGCUCGAGCAGCCCGAAUAAAUCUGCAACGACAAACUCCGGCUCAUACUCGGGCACGCCUUACACGCAAUCGGCCUCUGUCACAAAUACCGGAUAUGACACUCGCUCUCCCUCAGCAUACUCUGCAUAUACCGGCUCGGCUUCGCAAUCAGGAACUGGAUAUACCGCUUCUGGAACUGGAUAUACGGGGACGAACACCGGCUACGACAGCCGCAGCGCGACUUUCAGCUCGCUUACUCCCUCCGGCAGCUCGUCUUUGACGCCUGUGCGCACGAGCUCUCUGCGCCGCACACCCGCAGGCGGACGUUCGCCUCUCACCUCCGUACGCAAUAUUGUCGCAGCAUGGAAGGAUCGCACACCGGCGGACACAGCCACCUCAAUUUCUCGCCCUACGCAACUGGCGAGGAAUCCCAGCGCAGAGUUUGGCAUGCGCCGUCGGGGAGGGAGGCGCAGUAUCGAGAGCGCAGGUGACGAGACACCACGCACCGAAGGCAGCGGUCUUGUACCGCCCCCAUUGGAUUUAAACGAAUUAGGACAGUUCACGAAGGCUGGGCAAGAGCCGUUGCGUAUUGGAUUGCUUUGGUAUCUUAACGUGCACACUCCGCCGCCGUACAGAUGGCAGCGCUGCCAGGCGCUUCUGUACCCGCACAUGCUUUUGCUGAGCUGGAUCGCUCCUGGCGGUGGCCGCGGUGUAGUCACACUUGACUUGCUGAACUGCACUGAGGUUCGCUCGGUACCGUCGCCUCUGCACCCUUCCGCACGCGACGAUGUUGGCACAAUCGCGGCGCAGCGGCAGGCAGACGAAGGAGCAGUUGGCGAGGCGGAUCUGAUGGAGAAGCUGUGUCCCUUCCAGCUCUUGUACGCAGACGGUGUCGAGCGACUUGGCGCGGAAAGUGCACGCGAACGCGUCCGCUGGGUCAGCGCGAUCUGGGAAGCCCUCGAUCACAGUGUUACGAUCCCGGACCGCAGUGUGAACUCGAGCCCGGUUGGCAGUAUCCGCACCAUCGCAAGCCACCAGUCGAGCGCACUUUCGGCUGCAUCAGCGUCUUCAGCCGGCAGCAGGAGCACUUCUUACCUUCCUCCUGGUGUCAACGUUGAGACGCUCCCCGAUAUCUCAGACUUCCAAUCUCUCUCUGGCUCCCUCUCGUCUCGGAGCGGUGCACCGGCGUAUACAGCGCCCGCGGGUGAAACGACGACGGCUUACACCUCGGCGGCUUCAUCUGUACCCUUCUCCAGUACAGGGUCGGGCUCGGGUUCAGGUGCAACGGUCGUCCCUGGUCAAGCGCCUAUUCAGCCGCUGUACACCGGCACGAGGGAUGAUCUGAGCACGCUUACUGGGGCAAUGCCGGGCGACCCGAGGGUUAUUGCGCCCAGCAGGAGCUCGAGCUUGAGGAGAACGAGCAGUAUGACGGAUUUGGAUGCCGAGUUUGAUAAUGCUCUGAGGCGUGCGCGUGGUGCUACACCUGGAUUAGGCUUCGGUCUAAGUCUAGUUGGCGCGGGUAUGGAAGAUCGCCUGCCUGUGGGUGAGGCGGCUCCCGUCACAAUCUCCAGCGGGCCGACUCUCGGCCGUAAUGUGGUUGUCACUCCUCCGCCUGAGCGCCGAGCACGUUCGCGCGGUCCCUCCAGCCCUGGACGUACGCCGACAAGCACGACGGGCACCGCAGACCGGUUCUUCUCUCCUACACCCGGCCGCGGUAACGGCAAUGGCAGCGGCAGCGAGACAUUCUACAGUAUGACGACUCCGCCCUCUACCUCUCGCGGACUCAAAGACCGUGGAGACUCCGGAGGCGAGUACGAGACGGCCGCUGGCGGUAGCCAAACCAGCGCAACCGAGUUCGAGGACACCGUCACGAGUACGGAUGCUACCCCUGUGCCGCUCAGACGCCAGGGCGCGACGAGGCGUAGGAGCCAAUAUACUACGGAAAGCGGCAGCGGCAGCGGAAGUGGAAGCUUCACGAGGGACUCGACUGGGAGCUACACCUACGACACGCAGACGCAGCGCAACACCCUCAGCAGCCUUGAAGCCUACUCGCGCGACUCACUCUCGUACGGGUCUGGCAGCUACACCCGCGACUCUGGCUCGUACUCCGGUACCGGGUCGUACACCCGCGAGUCGUAUGCUGGCUCGGGCUCGGGUUCGGGCAGCAGCGCCCGUGAUUCGAUUAUUGAUCCUGGCGAGAGCACCGUUGCGCGGGCGCCAAUCAUCAACCCACGCGACUCGUACGCAUCCGGAACAGGGAGCAGCAGCAACAAUCGCGACUCGUAUACCUCCGGUACUGGUAGCGGCACUCGCGACUCAUACGCGUCUGGCCUUGAAUCGAGUGGCUCUGGAUCAUACCAGACGCCUGCCCCGCGCGAGCCGACCGAGGCGUCCUCUAGCGUCUUCGCCUCGUCGUCGGACCCGUCGUCCGCGACUUCGACUGCCACGCCUGGUCCGCGGAUCACGACUGUCUCUAUCUCUGUCUCGCGUCCUCGCGCUAUAUCGCCUAGCACACAGUUCUUGACGCCGCGCUCGCCACAUGGAUCCAUCUCUUCGCUGCCCUCCAUUCCCGACUACGAGACGGCCGAGGGAAGCUCUCAGGCUGGCGACGACUACGAGACGGCGCGCAAGUGCGACACCGAUGAGCUCGAGAGCGAAAGCGAGCGUAGUGGCUUCGCUACGUGCCCGCGUUGCGCUAGCGAGAUCAGCACCGAAUACGGCACCGCCGAGUGUCGUUGCCAGCGUCGCGCUGAAGAGGCUGUGCAAACCACACGAAGCCCGACGCCUACUCCCGGGCCUGCACCCGCCGUACCUACGCCAGUCAUCGUGCCUGUUCCCGUGCCGAUUCCAGUUCUCGCCGAGCCACGCCCGAGUGUACCAGUUGUGGUGCCCCGCCCACCGAGCCCAAGUAUCGCAAGCGAUGUCACCCCCAGCAGCCGGUUUGCGAGGAGCAGGACGCAGAGCACGCUGUCGUUCGACCCGGCCGAUAUCCCAUUGCCGAGCAGCUCGUACGAGGACAGUCUCGCACCGCCCAGCCCGACACUCAGCGGGAUGUCGAGCCCGAUGCCGCGCUCGAUCGAGAGCAGCACGCGUCUUCUGCCGACUGCUUCUCCCACACCUAGCAGUGCGACGAUGGGGAGCUCGCCGGCGCCACCUUCGAGCAGCUUAUUGCCAACGCCGACGCCAAGCACCACCAGCGUCUCACUCAGCGCACCUUCGCCUGAGCCGCCUACUCCGCGUCGUCGUCGUCGUGCGCGUACGCCGAGUAGCUAUGGUCACUGGGAGAGCGAGACGGACGAGAGUUACGAGAGCUCUAUUCUGCAUGCUAGCCCGAGUGUCGCGAGCGUUGCGUUACCCGAAGGCCCCGACCGCAGCUUCGACACGAGCUUCCUUCGCCCGAGUGCGAGCGCGGUGACGAGCCCCAGCGUGCAGCGGCUUAGCCCGAUUCCGGAGAGUAUGAGCACGAGCAUCAGUAGCGCGAGCUCUCUCAGGCCCAGCACAACGACUAUCGCUCCGCCAUCGCCCGCGCCACUCAGCAGCCCCGUACCGAGCAUCAGCGCCAGCAGCGCCAUCAGCCCGAGUAUCUCCGUCAGUCUUACGGGCUCCGCUUCGGCACCGAGUGCGGUUAGCAGUCGUAGCUUGAUGUUGAGCGCACCCAGCCCGACGGUGGUGUCAAGUGAAGGCACACCGUUGACGCUCAGUAUGUCGCCGAGCGCGACGCUCAUGCGUAGCGUCAGCAGCGUGAGCUCAAUCAGCAUGAGCAGCAGCGUUUUCGACAGCCGGAGUCUGGUUGACUACAGCUUGGAGGUCGAGGAAGAGCACCCCGAGCCGCCUGCCCCGCCCCCGCCGGCCAUCAUACACGAAGAGCCGGAGGAGGAGGUGUCGUAUGUGUCUGAGGAGGAGCCGGAGGAGAGCGAGGGAGAGUACGAGGAGAGCGAGCCUGAGGAAGAUGUAUCAGAUUUGGCGGACGUUAGGACGAUGCCGAGCUUGUUGGGCACGCAGAGGAGUGUGAGCUCGUAUGGCGGGGCGCCGAGUACGCGUACACCGAGCGUCGUGGCUUUGAGCGAUGUGCGCCCGCCAAGUAGUUUGAGUCGUGGUAGUGCCACGCCGCGUGCGCUGUCGCCUGCGAACAUCCCGCUUCCAGCUUCACGCACGCCAACUGCGUCGCUUGUUUCAUUUGGCUCUCGUGGGCCUACGCCUAGCAUGUUCAGCGCGAGCACGCGGACUUCUACCGCAGGCGCGCGGACACCCAGCCUCGCGGAAGUACCAGCGCCGGCGCCCGCACCGGCACCAGCACCCGUGCCCUCUGGCCCGGACCUGAGCGUCUUACUCGACUACCUAGGUCGCAUCGAAGGAGACCGCGCUGAGGAUGCUGGACGCCUACACGACCAUAUGGACGCCAUCCAGAACCAGAUCCGCGACCUCGAGACGAACUUGAACGAGCGUCCAGCUAUGCCGCAGCCUGAGCCGGUCAAACUUGCGCGUUCAGUCGGUGGUAGCAGCCCUAUUGCACCGAGCCCUACACACCGCGGCGCACCAGUCCCACAAGAGCUCAGUCCUCCGCCGACGCGUCCGCUCAGCCCCGGCAGCGCCCUUACGCUGUCGGAUGAUGGUCUCAGUUAUCUCAGCAGCCACCACAGCGACGACAGUCUUCUUGGCCGCGACCAGGAGAGUAGCGUUCUGGAGAGCGAUAUACUCAUCACGCCACCGUCUACCGAGAUCAGCAGUAGCGUCCUCGAGAGCAGCGAGUUGCCCGAGAUAUCCGCCAGCGAGGCGAGCGAGGGCGCGUAUCUGUCCCGCACGUCUUCGGCUUUGACAACUCCCACUGCUCCGCGACGCGCCUCCCCAAUCGAGAUGCAUGCCGAACCUACGCGGGUCACACACGUCUCGCCCUCAGCCAGUAGUCGCUCGACCGAAUCUGACGAGACGGCAAUGCCACGUACGCCUCCGGAUGGUGUCACUCUCAACGACAUUGACGACUUGCGCAAUAUGCUCUCCGGCGUGAAGGACAAGACUGAUGCCCUCUGGGAUGGUCAGCUCAGCACGAACCACAUUCUCGAUGAGCUUCGUGGACGAUGGCCACCGGGCGGCGAACCGGCAGGUCUAGCCGACCGUCUUGGACGACUUGAAGAACUCCUGCGCGCUCUCGGCGCUCGUCCGCGCUCAACGGCUCCCAGCGGUUUCCCUUUCCCGCCUACAGCAGACCAGCCACGCGAAAGCUAUGUGAGCGGCGAGACGGAUCAGCCUAGUCUCCUCACCCGUCUCCGCGGCUUGCUCGGGGAACCGACAGAAGAGUUGCCCACAACUAUUGCGCCUACACCGAUGAGGCCUGCUACCGACGACGCCCUUAGUGUCCUUCUGCGUCGAGACAGCACUGUCAGUGACGCGACCACUCGGCGUGAGGUUGUGCCCCCUCCCGACCUCGUCACCAUCGACUACAGGCCGUACAGAGGACCCCGUCCUCGUAGUAUCACGCCGACGCUUCCUGAGCCCCCCAGUCGUGCAGCCACCGCGCCGCUUGUCGUCCUUCAACGCGAUCCCGAGACCGUGUAUAUUCGGCACCCUCCUCGUCAUGGGCCUGGUCGUCCGGGUCCAGGAAGGCCACCGCGUGGUACAGUACGCACAGACGAGCCUGCUCCCGCCCCUCCGCCGACGCCGACAAUAUAUACUGGCCCACCCGUGACGACACAGCCGCCAACAGAGUAUGGUGACGGAGCAACCCGCCCGCCAACUGGUGAGAGCAUUGAUAUGCUUCAAGAAGUCGUCGACCACAGACGGCAGAGACGGCCUGGUACUGAUGGGUACAUUGGAGGCACUCGGCCACGACCUCCAGCGGAGCCUGUGGUGCCCUCGAACUUGCACGAUAGGCCGAGUAGUGCUCCCGGCGGUCGUAGACCACAACGUUGGUAUGAAAGUCGUCCUGGGACAAGCCGUCCCGAUGGACAGCCCAGUGAUAUGGCUAACGUGCCAGCCGGUGAUGGCGGCCCCAGUAGCGGCGCGCCUGUCGGAGUUCCUGGCGUCCCUGGCGUCCCUGGCGGUCCUGGUGGUCCUGGUGGGCCAGGAGGCCCUGGCGUCCCAGGAGGAUUCGGAGGGCCUUUGCCCACGGGCCCAACACUCUUCCAGAUGCCACCUAUCUUCAACGACAUGCUCGGUUUAUUGAGGGACUCAGACUCGAUGAUGCGCGCUUCAGUCGAGCAACAGCAAGAUAUCAUCCGCUACAUGGGCGAUCUCAACGACUGGUUUGGGCGUGAUCGCCUGGACCGACAAAACGAGAUGAACGCCAUCCUAGCAUCUAUCAAUGCAUUGCAGCGCCAAGUUCCAGGCUUCCAACCCGGCCCGGGUAUGCCUGUGCCAGCUCCAACAGGCGCAGGUCCUGUAGUACUCGGUCCUCCUGGUCCUGGUGGCGCGUACCCUGGAUAUCAACCUGGUGUCUACCCUCCCGGGGCGUUCCCUGGGUAUCAACCCACUGCAGGGCGGCCUGAUCAGCCCUUUAUACCUUCGUCGGAUGACUCGGGGUCAGAGUCGAGUAGGAUUCCCGGUUCGCAAGUCAUGCCAGGUCCAGGAUACCCGACCUACGUGCCCGGCCAGCCUGGACCUCCUCCCGUGGGCGGUAUGUUCCCGACCGGCGGCCCACCAUUGCAACCCACGGCGCCUAUAGUCAUCCACGAGCAGCAGCCCUCUGUGUUCGUUCCAUCGUCGCGCACCGAUACUGAAUCAAUGCGGUCGGGAAGGUCGGGAAGUACGUCACCGCCUAGAUUUGUACCUCCCCCCGACGGGCAAAUACAACAGCAGGCGCCCGGUGUCGUAGUCGUCAAUCCUUUACCGCCUCAACAAGCGCCACCAAUCGUCAUCCAUGGACCGUCGCGAUCACACUCGGGCUCACCUGUGCCGCCACAGUCACUUGGACGCAUGACAAUCGCUAAUCCGUCCAUAUCCGAGUCCGAACGCAUACGCCCCUCGCGGCCGCCUACUGUCGCGCCGGAAGAUGCACCAGCUGCAGCUAUACCGUCACGCCCGCCUACAGCAGCUCCGUCUGUAGCUCAGCCUGGUGCCCCGACUCAAAUCUAUCAACCAGGGUUUCCGGGGUGGCCUGAUCAUCCCGGUACAGGCGUCGCUCCUGGUAUUCCUGUUCAGCAGUCGCCGAUACCCGGUCAAGUGCCCGGCCAGCAACCAACAAUUAUUGUUCAGCCGCCGCAGAUGGGACCCGGAGGUCAGAUCAUAGGGCCAGGAGAACACGGUCAAGCUCUCGGCCCAGUCGUCGUCCUCGACGCUCACGCACGCCGUCAUCUGACCGCUCUUACUCACGUGACCGUUAUGGAGGGCGACGACGCCACGGCUAUCGUAGUGGCGACCGGUCGUACAGCCCUUCUUCCCGUACUUCGCGCGAUGAGAGGCUCGCGCGCGAGCAGAGGCGCGAAGCACGUAGACUUAGUGAGGAGCGCUAUCGCAAUCAGCGUGACCGUCAGCGUGCAGAAGACGAGCGAGAGGACCAGCGUGCACUCGCCAUCUCACGGGCCCACGAUCAUCGUUCCGGGUCAAGCCCCUACCACCAUUCCCUUGACAGGCGUCUCGAGCUCGGUCCCACAACAUCCAACGGUUGUUGAAAUACCUGGAGUACCUGGAGGCGGUCAACACAUCGGACACGAAGAAUAUCCUCAGGAUGAGCAACAUCCUGAGCGUAUCGUGACCCGUCCUCCCCCCGCCCGACGUCGCUCGUCGCCAGAGUAUCGUGAUCGACCCUAUACCCCGGGACGCACAGAGCCUUCGUUUGACGAAGGGGACCAUUCUGACCGCGGCGAGCCUCGAAUUUCCUACAGGCCUAGUCAAGCUCCACGACCCGGCUCACCAGGUGGUCGAGCCGCGCGCAUGCAUCCUGCUGUCCAUGUACCUGCGGGCACGCAUGUUGGUUAUGCACGGAGCAUGACGCCCACUCUCAGUGAAGCGGGAGACCUUGAUUAUGGACGUGGUGCACCCCACUACCCUCAGUACGACGAGGAUGGUCGCCCUCGCGUUGGCGCGGAGUUGCCUGGCAUGGUUCCUUCACGUCGCCCUGGUACUGCGCCGUCUGGACCGGGUCGCGCUCGUAGCGAACUUGCACCUGAUGUGGAUCCAGACACGGGCCUUCCGCGCGGGGAAGAGCCUCCAGGUGGUCGACCACGUUCCGACGCCGUACCUCCUGGAGCGGGUGCACCGAGCGAAGCUCAUCCGCGCAGUGAGCUGGGUCCCGACUCUGGAGUUUCACCCUACCCUGCCCGCCAUACUGCGCCCAGCCUCACGGAAGAGUCUGACUUCGACCCAGAGGAUCCCGAUGCUCUUCGUCGUCGUGCUUCUACCCUGCGCCACCGUGCGGAUGAUCUAGAGGCCCAACGCCGUGAAGCUGAAGAGGCCGCAGCCACUGGCAUCACCGAUCCUAUGGCUCGCGCUCGUCUUGCCAAUCUGGAACAAGAAGCUGCAGAACUUCGUCAGCGUCUUGCCGAUCUCGAAGCGCAUAUUGCGGAUACCGACAGGCAUCUUGAGGAGAAGGACCGCCGUAUUGAUGAGCUCGACCAGCACGUGGAGGAUGUCGAUCGGCGGGCGGAAGAUGAGUUCUCUGCCGCAGAAGCAGAGCGCCGUGCAAUCUUUGAAGAGGCAGAGCGCCGUCGUCAAGAGGAGACUGAGGAGCGUCACAACCGUAUCUGGGCCGAUCUUGAGGAGCGUCUCGCUGCCCUUCCGCCACUGCCGCGUCGCGCUCAGCACAUUCCACGCGACGAUAUCGGGUCAAUCUUCGAACCUAGCAUUACUGAGCCUUCUCUGGGACCUGGCGAGGAGACCCACGUCGAGCAUUACUCAGACGAAGCGGAGUCUCCUGCUGCACCAGUACCGCCACCUCCCGCUGCUGCGCCACCCGCACCCGCACCGGUCGCCGCUGAACUUGGCGGCGUGCCGGGAGUGUUCAUUCCUAGCGCCCCUCCAGCGUCUGUUUCGCCCAGCGGUUAUCCCUCGGGUGUGCCUAGCACUGUGUAUGUGCCACCGCCAUCUUCGGGCGCUGACCUCCCUCACGCUGUACCCCUCACUCCCUCCGGUAGUGCCCCAGUCCCUGGCGCUCCGCCCACAUCCAUCCAUCCUGUUCCUCCUCCGGGCGUCAGCUUCUAUCCUCCCCCAGGAGACGCAUCUCCUCUUCAUGGCGCCUCGCACAUUCGCACUGCUCGCUCCGGCACCGAGCCAUCCAUCCUCGAGGAAGAUGAAGCCGACCGCCGCGCAUCGAUGGCGUCACUUACCGAUGCCAACCGGGCAGCUGCAGCUAUCUUCUCCGCUGACAUCAAGGAGAUUGUCGCAGCCGAGCGUGAGCAAAUGGCGCGCGAGCGUGAGGAGUACCAGCGUGAGAUCGCGGAAGCGCGCGCGGACAAGGAUCAGACGGCGAGGGAGUUGGACGACGCGCGUCUUGCUCGUAUCGCUGAGCUCGAAGCCGAACUUGAGCGCUGCCGUGAGGAGUGCAACCAGGAGCGUGCUGCCCGUCAGAACGAGGAAGCGUUGCGCCGUGAAGCAGAGGCCGAAGAGGCACGUGCUCGCGACGAGGCGCUACGGGCUCAGCUCGAGGAUAUCACGAACAUCCUUCAGCAGCAACGCGAGGACUUCGUCGCAAAGCGCGAGCUCACCGAACAGCGCUGGUCUGACGAGGAAGAGCGUCGCAUCCACAAGGGCGAGCAGUGGGACGAGCUUAUGACCACCGUGCGCGAGAUCGUGACUGGCCAGAGCGAGAUCCAGAAGGAGGUCGAGGAUUGCCGCACUUCGCAAGAUGAGGCACUCCAGAGUCUCACCGACCUCGUCAGGAGCCAAGGCGAUGCCGCGACCAAUGCUAUCAACGACUUGAAUAACGCCGUCGCAAACCUCAUCGAGGAGAAGCACCGCGAACUCCUUGGUCAAAUUGAGGCGACCGCACAAGAGCGCGUGCCGUUCAACGUCCAGCACUACCUUGACCAGUUCUCGCAGAGCCUCGCUCAGGAAGUCCGCACUCUCCUUCAGGAGGUCGGUGAUCUUCGCGAGAAGAAGCGUGCUGCCCAAUUCGAGCUCGGUACCCUCAUGUGCAUCCGUGCUAAGUACGAGCCCGGAGGCGAGUUCAACACCGACUGGGAACGCCCUCUCACUGGUCCGCUCGCUGGCCAACCUGCUCCUGAAGCACCUCAGGCGCCGCCUCCGCCUCCGCCGCCACAAGAGCCCGCCCGCGGUGCAUGGCGCAACGUACCUCGUUUCCCGGGAGCUGGAACCGGUCGUGCUCGGCGUGCUCGGCGCGCAGAACAACAGCCUAUGCCCCCUCCUCCGCCACCUCCACCGGCCGCGAGUGCCCCGCCAGCGCCAGUGCGCGGCGGUGGCGAGUCCUGGGCUACCUGGCAUCCUCAACCUGGAGACUACACGCCAGUGCCAUCAGUGCGCGAGACGCUCGUCGCACCGCCCCAACCUGCACCUGGAUUGUUCGGCCCGCGCUCGCCUGCUGGCUCCGUGUACGGUCCUCGUUGA